AUGCCAGCAAGGAUUCAAAUUUUCUUAUUGACUUUGUUUUUUAUUGAAUUAUUUAACCAUUCAAUAUCACAGUUCACAACAAACUUGAAGAUAAUUGAGUCAAAGUCUGUUUGUUUAGAUUCAGAUAUUUAUGAUCCAGAAACGGAUAUGUGUUUGGCAAAAGUCAAUGCAGUAAGUAAAAGUUGUCCCAAGAAUUGCCAGAAGUUCGGUCAUCUUUGUAAAUGCAUAGAUGAAAUAUCAAUACAAUCAAUAUGCCCAAGUGAAUAUGUUCUUUUUCCAAAUAUGAAAAAGUGUAUUAAAGUAGAAAAGCUUUCACCUUCAAUAGAAUGUGGAAGAGGGUUAAAAUGGUCAGAAAGUAAAAACAUAUGUGUUGGAGUAAAGUUAUCAGCACCGGAAUUAACAUGUACUAAAGAAAAUUCAAUGUUGAUUAAUGGAGUUUGUUUGACUUAUAGUAAGAAAAGUAUUCAAAAUGUUUGUGAAGAUGGAUUUACUAUUAGGGAAAAAAGCGUAUCAGAAAAAUUACAAAUUUCACAAACGAUAAAAUUAAAUACAAGAGGAAUGAAAACCGGAAAUCAAAAUAAUGAUGAAUUAAAAGCAAGUACAAGUUAUUGUGUAAGAGAAAUGAGCUCACCUUAUACCUUAGAAUGCCCUACAGGCUUUGUUUUGGACAGAGAAAGAUCUUCAUGUAUUGCUCAAAUUUUUAGUGAUCCAGAACCUAAAUGUUUGCCUGGUUUUGAAUUUGAUAAUAAAUCUGAAACAUGCGUAAAUAAAUCAUUAGAAGAUUCCUCCAGCAAGAUAUGCCCAAAAGAUUAUUUGCUUGAAGGUUUUCAGUGCGUCCAAUCAUCUUUUGUUAGCCCUGAGCCACGCUGCAGAGAAGGUUUUAUUUUUAGUGUUGAAGAUGCAGCAUGCAUUAAAGUAUUACGUGAACCUCCAUCAUAUAGAUGCCCCUCUGACUUAUAUAUCUUUGAUGGAAAGCAAUGCGAAUUAAGAAAAACAGAAAAACCUACAAUAAUGUGUGGAAAUGGCACUAUUUUGGAUGAGAAAGCACAAAAAUGUAUCAAAAUAAAUGUAAUGCCAGCAAAAAUGGUUUGUUCUGGAGGAAGACAGUAUGAUGAGGACAAAAAAAAAUGUUAUGUAAUUCAGGUUCAAGAGUCUACCAAAGUUUGUUCAAAUGAAGAGAAAUAUGAUGCACAAAAGGACAAAUGCAUCAAAUUAGAAGAGAAGAAACCGGUUAAAGGUUGCCCUUAUGGCUUUAAUUUAAAUGAGUUAGAACAAAUUUGCGUUCAAGAAAAUUUUGAGGAGCCAAAACUAUCUUGUAAAGCUCCUUUCUCCUUAGUUGGGGGGGACUGCUUGUAUAAUGCUGAAGUUAAACCUGAAUAUGUCUGCCCUGAAAAUUUUGAAUAUAGUGAACAAAAUUCUCAGUGCCUAAUGCAAAGUACUGUGCAACCUGAAAAUGGAUGUCCCGAAGAUUAUAACGAAUAUAUUGACAAAUGUAUCAAACAAAUAGAAAAAAACCCAGUCAGUGUGUGCCCUACAAAUUCAAAGUUAAAUACGAUUACAAAUGAAUGUUUUAUUUCCAAAAAACCUUUAAAAGAGUGUCCUGCAGGCUUUAAACCAACUAACGAUUCUGCCAAUCAAUGUAUUCAAGUAUUAAAUCAAAAUAAAUUACAAUCUCAAGUUAUUGAAAAUACCUACAAUGGUAAUAGUAGACAUCAUGCUGGCCAUCAUCCAGCUUUCUAUGGGGAUUACUAUAGUCAUCCCAAUAUAAGAAACUUCGGAGAUGUUAGUAACGACCAAACAAAAACAAUUCAAUUAUCAAAUCCCAAUAGAAGAAUAGGAGACUCAAGUUUAAAUGCUUAUCCUCAAAACAUUAAAACUGCACCCAAACCUAGAAGAUGA